AUGAGUGGUAUUUUGCUGACUUCCAUCUUACUGUCCUAUGUUUUCACAACAGCUUCAUAUGAAAUUGCGUUUUCGGAGGACUAUUCUUGUGAAAAUACCAUAUGUAAUCCUCGAGCCGGUGACUUGUUGAUUGGUCGGGAAAGUUCACUUAUUGCAUCUUCAACUUGUGGCUUGAACGAAGUUGAGGCCUACUGCGUUGUGACAACCAGUGGAAAAAGCUAUUGUAAAGAAUGUACUUCUAAACAACCGUAUAACUCCAUAACCAAUCCUGAAAGUCAUCGUGUAGAAAAUGUUGUUUCACGAGUACCAAGCAACCCUGGAAGAUGGUGGCAGUCACAGAAUGCAGUACACAAUGUGUCAAUUGUACUGAAUCUGGAUACACAAUUUCAAUUUAUUUCAACGAUUCUACGUUUUAAAACUUAUCGUCCAGCGGCUAUGUACUUAGAACGUUCUUAUGACUUUGGACGUACAUGGGCACGUUAUGCUUAUUUUUCAAAUAACUGCAAACGAGAUUUUCCCGCUGUACCUGAAGGUCCUCGUCGAUCGUUGACUGAUGUAACUUGUACUGGAGUUUAUAGUCAACUUACACCUUCUGAAGGAGGUGUGGUUGCUUAUAUGGCUGCCCCAAGUGAAAUGCAUCAAUCAUGGCCUCAGUACAGUAAAGAACGUAUGAAUUUGACAGCAAUUACUAAUCUGCGAGCUGUUUUUACCAGAAUUAAUACCUUAGGUGAUAUGCGUGUUGAUGAUUCACCAUUGACACGACGUAAAUACUAUUAUGCACUUUAUGAAUGGAAUGUAUGGGGUAGAUGUACAUGUUUUGGUCAUGCGUUACGUUGUAAACCAAAAUCAUCUGCUGAAAUCAUUAAACCAGAAAAAGUAUAUGGUGUAUGCGAAUGCACACAUAAUACCGCUGGUGAAAAUUGUGAAACCUGUGCUGAUUUUCAUUGGAAUAAACCAUGGAUGCCAGCAACAAGAGACGCUGCUAAUGCAUGUGAAAAAUGCAAUUGUAAUAAUCAUGCAACGGCAUGUUUCUUUAACCCUGUAUUAUUUAGUAAAUCUGGUAAUGUAUCUGGUGGCAACUGUCAUGGAUGUAUGCAUAAUACAGAAGGUGUAAAUUGUGAAUUUUGUCAACCGAAUUUUUAUCGUCAUCCAAGUUAUCCAAUAGAUCAUCCUUUGACAUGCCAACCGUGUAAUUGUCAUCUGGAUGGUACAUUAUAUGAUAAUUUCUGUCAGCAAUAUACUAUACCAGAGCAGAAUACAAUUGCUGGUCGUUGUAUAUGUAAGAAAAAUGUUGGUGGUGAAAAAUGUGACCGGUGCAAAGUUGGGUUUUGGAAUUUUCAAGCUGAAAAUCCUGAUGGUUGUGAAGCUUGUUCAUGCAAUAUGAUUGGUACAAUCGACAAUGGUGGUUGCGAUCCAUUUACUGGACUUUGUACAUGUAAACGAUUUGUUGGUGGUCCAAAUUGUGAUCGAUGUUUGGAAGGUUAUUUUAAUCUGUCCACAACACCAUUAGGUUGUCAAGAAUGUGCCUGUAGUCAAGUUGGAUCAUUGAAUCCAAAUUGUGAACGUGUUAGUGGACAGUGUGCUUGUAAAGUUGGCUUUACUGGACGUGAUUGCAGUGAAGUUGAAAAUGGAUAUUAUAUUGUUCCACCACAUGAAGUAAUUGAUAAACCUGACGAGAAAGAGAUUACACUGGUUGGACCUAAAGGUGAAGGGAAGUAUGUAAUUGUUCUUGAUGUGGAUCCUAAACAGUUUGGUUCUGGUGAUAGAUGGUCAAUCGUUGUAACACCUUUUCAAUAUGGUGCAACAAAAUGUCAGAAUCCACCUCAAAGUGUUAAUAUUUAUCAAGACACUCACAAAGUUAUUAUAUCAGAUGUCUGUUUGGAACCUGGAUUACCAAUCGUUCUACGUGUUGUUCCUGAAUCGUAUCCAGAAGGAGCAUUUACCGAAAUCCUAAUUACUGAUAUUAUACUGAUACCUACUGAUGACAGUGACUUAGCACGUCGUUGUGAAGUCUAUCGUGAAAUUGCUAUGGAGAUACUAGCUGGUCGUCGUGAAGAUCGAACAGGAUUGCCACCAGAAUGUGAAGUUUAUUUCCGUUUACCACGUUUAAGUUGGAAAGAAAGCAGUUCUGUAGCACAAAGAUGUUUAUGUAAUUCAACCGGUUCACGUUCUGAGAUAUGUGAUAAACUAACGGGACAAUGUCCAUGUAAAGAUGGAGUUGUUGGUAGACAAUGUGAUCGAUGUGCACUAUAUCAUUAUGGUUUCAGUGCAAGAGGAUGUACAGAUUGUGCAUGUGAUCCUCAAGGAUCUGUCAGUUUACAAUGUCAUGAAGAUACUAGUCUUUGUGAAUGUCGACCAGGAAUUGUUGGUAAACAUUGUAAUAUGUGUAAUCCUGGUUUUUGGGAUUUUCCAAAUUGUCGUCCAUGUAUAUGCAAUGAAUUUAGUGAUUUUUGUAAUCAGACUACUGGAAUAUGUGAAAAUUGUAGAGAUAAUACUGGUGGUGAUCAUUGUGAAACAUGUCGUGAAGGAUUUUAUGGUGAUCCUUUGAGAAAAACCCCUUGUAAACCAUGCUCAUGUCCAGGUGGUGGAUUAAAUCAUGCUAAACAAUGUCAUAUGGGACCAUUGGAAGAACAAAUUUGUAUUUGUAAAGUUGGAUACACAGGUCCAAGAUGUAGUCAAUGUGCCAUGAACUAUUUUGGGAAUCCAACUGAACCUGGUGGCUCUUGUCGACAAUGUGAAUGUUCUGGAAAUAUUGCAGUUAAUGUACCUGGCAGUUGUGAUCCGAUCACUGGACAAUGCUUGAAGUGUUUACAUAAUACAGAAGGUUAUUACUGUGAUGUAUGUAAAGAUGGCUUUUGGGGUGAUGCAACACGCCAAAUGUGUCAGCCAUGUAAUUGUUACCCAUUAGGCAGCAUUGAUGAAGGUGCUGGAGGCUGUAAUCGUGAAAAUGGACAAUGUUCAUGUCUACCAAAUGUAAUUGGUCCAAGAUGUUAUGAAUGUGCACCAUAUUUUUUCAAUUUAACUUCUGGUAAAGGAUGUGAACCAUGUUUAUGUGAUCCAACUGGUUCAAUUGAUGAUUUAUGUGAUCCAGUUAUGGGCCAGUGUCGUUGUAAACCAGACCGAAGUGGGCGCAGAUGUGAUCAGUGCAGAAGACUAUUUUAUAGCGAUCCAACUACUCCAGACGGGUGCCAACCUUGUAAUUGUGAUCGAAUCGGUUCAACAAGUGAUUUAUGUGAUCCAUUAACUGGUCAAUGUCCAUGUAGAACGGGUAUAACUGGCCAACGAUGUGAUAGAUGUGACCGAGGUACUGAAGGUAUUCUACCUGAUUGUGUGCCAUGUGGUGAAUGUUGGAAUAACUGGGAUAAAGCAAUCGAUAAAGUUAUUAGUGAAUUAGAUCGUUUACAGAAUCAAACAGGUCAACAGUUACCUAAAGAACUAAAAAUCAUGUUUGACAGUUUAGUCAGUUUAUUAGAUCAAAUUGAACAUUUACCAUGGAUGACAACAGAUGAUGCAAGAUUGAAUGAAUUCCGUGAUGUAUUAAAACGAAGCGAAGAAAUUGUUAUGCGUUUAAGUUCACUUGAUCAAUUCGCUGAUAGUUUAGUAAAAUGGGAUGAUUUAAUAACUGAGAGAUUUGCUCAACAGUUAGAGCGUAAAGGACUAGUGAAUGAAGCAAAAGCACGUCUUGAAACACUAAAAACACAAGUGCAAAAUAUAAUGGAUGAAUCAACAAAAUUGGAACAUCUUGAUCAAAAAGGAGCAUAUUUAUCAAUUCUACGUUCAAAAGAUAUUGGUGAUAGAGUUAUAAACACACAAACUAGUAUAGAAUAUCAACGUGGUGGAUUACAAGGUGAAUUAUUAAACUCCAAACGUGAAUUAGAAGCUGUACAAAUACGUGCAGAUCAGUUAAAUUCAGAUUGGGCACAAUUGGAUAGGCGAAUUGAAGAAUUUCGUGAAAAAAUUCGACAAACCAAUAGAUUGAUUUGUGGAGAUAAUAGUUUAUCACCAACUGAAGAUACAGAUCAAAAAGUAUGUCCAUCAACAUGUGGUGGUGCUGGAUGUGAUUAUUUUUUUUCAAAAUUAUCAAAUCUCAAUACAAUAUCAACAACUACAAAUAUAUUAAUGAAUAAUAAUUUAAAUACUGGUCUAAUUAGUACAUGUGGUGUAAAUAUUGGAUGUAAUGCAAGUAAUGCUGGAAGAUUAAGAUCACGUAUGGAAGAUUAUUUAAAUCUUCAAAUUCGUUUAACUAAUGCACUUUAUAAUGUUUAUAGAGCUGAAAAUGUUAUAUCAAAGGUAAAUUCAAGUCGUAGAAUUGCUGAACAAACGGUAACAAAUUUAACUACACAAGCAAUAACUAUAAAAGAACGUAUAGCUGAUAUGUAUAAUCUUACAAAUAAUUUAAUAAAUGAAGCUGAAAAAUAUGUCAAUCUAUAUAGCAGUAUGAGACAAGAUAAAUUCGAUGAAAUUUUAAGAUCCCUUCAAAAUGCAAAAUUGAAUGUUAGUCUAAAUGAAGCAGAACAGAUAAUUCAACAAUUAGAAAAAUAUGCUAUAGACCUAGAGGAUAAAGUGAAACGUAUUUUAGCCGAAACUGAAUCGGAUCGUCAACGUACUGGGAAUUUAUUAAGACGUGCUGAAACUAUUAGAGAUAAAGCAAAAGAUUUCAUGGAACAAAUUAAUCAGUUGAAAGAAGCUGAUAAAAUCUAUCAAGAAAUAGAAGAGAAACCAAUUAUUCAAAAGGUUGAUGACGUUGAAUUAUUCGAUCAAAUUACCCAAUUAACUGAACAAAUAGAUGGAUUCAAAAACCAAGUUAUUAUGUUCUCACGUGAUUCAAGUCUACAAUCGGAUAAAGCGAAAGAGGCUUCUGAAGUAGCAGAUGAUCUACUGGCAAGUACUAAUGUUGCUAGACGUGAAACUUUAGAUACAUUACAACAAAUUGAACUUGCUGAAGUCACAUUCAAGCAAUUAGACGAGAAAAUGUUAGAACUUGACAAAUUGAUGCGUGUAUUAGAUACAGGUGGUCGUGGUACUGGAGAUGAAGGUUUACCAGAUACUACAUUAACUGAUCCAACUAAACUAAUGGAAGAAAUUCAAAAUUAUACCAGUACUUUAGAACUAAAUACAGAUGAAGUUAAAAGUAUAUUAACAAAUUUAAAAAGAUUAGAAAUAGAAAGUGAAUAUUUAACAGAUGAAUUAAAAGGUUAUAUGGAUAAAAUGCAAAAAUUAAGUAUCCAUUUAUCACGUACUACAAAACAUCAUCAAUUAUGCACUUAA